AGCCAUCUCUCACUAGUGCUACCGCAAGCUCUGUCCAUGGCUUCCAACGCGAGCAUGUUGGUCAUGAUCAUGGUGUGCGCGCUCCUCCUCGCCGGCAGCACGUGCCACGCCGCCCGCAACCUGGCUGACACGACGCCGGUGGCUUCCGCCCCGGCUGCUAGCGCCGUCCCUGGCUUGCCGGCCGUGCCGACCUUGCCUGCCGCACCCACGGACACGGUCACCCUGAUGCCACCCAUGUCGUCGGUCACCCUGCCCACCGUGCCGCAGGUGACGCUGCCGCCCAUGCCUGCCAUCGUCGUGCCCAAGGCGGUGUUGCCGCCCAUGCCCAAGGUCACCCUCCCCACGGUGCCACAGGUGACGAUGGCGCCGAUGCCCGCCAUUGUCGUGCCCAAGGUGACCCUGCCGCCGUUGCCCUUCGUCCCGAGUGUGAAUGUGCCCAUGCCGUUCGCGGCCCCGGCCCCGUCAGCGUAGGCGCGCCCACGCGGCGGUGCUCUCGCCAUGUCCAGGACACGACGCACAUUUUCUUUCAUGCAAGCUCGGUGUUUCAUAUGCGACGUAUCAGCAAUUCUUGCCUUUUUUUAAGACUCCGUAGUAUAUGUACUGGUAGUGCUUGACUAUUGAGGGUUUUGUCGCACUGUAUGUAUUUCUUGAUCUUCUUAUAAAUACACAUUACUAUUUACGGUA